UUUUUGCUAGGAUUGUCGGUCUCCUUCAUGUAGACUGAAAUCACUCAAAGAAGCCCCAUCUCAUCUCAUUUUUUUUUGUAAAAUUAAGCAUAUAUAGAUAUAGAUAUAUGGCAAGUUCAAUGUUGAGCGGGUCACAAGGUGUGGUGUUGGCCACGGCCAUGGCCGUGUCGGGGACCGUGAUUCUGCUAGCUUUUGGACUUCAGAAGUCGUCUACCCAAUUCGCCAUCAAAAUCCCAAUCCCCCACUCAUCCUCUCAACCUAUUCUCCGCUCCUGCAUCUCAUCAGAUGGAAGGAAAAGAGAGAAAAAGAAGAAGAAGAGGGUGCAGUUUGCAGAGGAUGUGGCAGAGCCAAGUGGAAACAGUGAAGAGUAUAGGAGGCAGCAUACCUCAACAUCAAGAUUGAUGAAAGAUGAGAAUGAAGGGAAAAUACCGCCAAAUCGGAUGGCUCUCUACAAUGGAAUUCUGAGGGACCGUGCCGUCGUCCACCGCUUCGCCUAUUCUUCCUAUUGACCAUACCUUCGAAUUUCUGUAUUUCCUGUCAAUUCUCUCAUUUACCAUCUUCUUCUUCUGUACAAAGUCUUGCUCUUUUUCUUUUUCUUUUUUCAUUUAUUUAUUUCUUAGAAGCUGUAACCUGAGGAGUAUUACUGAAACCUGUUUGGCGCA